AUGGACUACAACUCGAUUGUUUUUCGCGAGUUUACACCCGAAUCAUUACAUCGUAUUGAACGUUAUCGACAAGAGGAAGCUGAACGUCUUGCUUCCGAUCGAUUACAACGACAAAUAAUACGUGAAGACGAUAGUGAACUAUAUAAUUCAAUGAAAAUAUCACCAACAUAUGAACAAUUUAGUUCAAAACGAAAACCAAAUAAAGAAUUAGCAGUUGGACAAACAUUACCAAGAGCAUUACAAACAAAAUUUCCUGCUGAACUUAUUGGUAAACCAAUUGAAGAAAUUGAUUGGUAUUAUCGAACUGAAUAUGUAUUUGUGGUUGUUAAUCGAAAUAAAACAAUAUUUCGAUUUAGUUCAACUCCAGCAUGUUUUAUAUUUUCUCCAUUUAGUUGUCUUCGUCGUUUGGCUAUUCGAAUUUUAACACAUGCACUUUUUAGUACAUUUGUUAUGCUUACAAUAUUAACUAAUUGUAUAUUUAUGACACUUAAAAAUGUACCUGAAACAAAUGAAUAUGUUUUUACAAUAAUUUAUACACUUGAAGCAUUAACAAAAUGUGUUGCACGUGGAUUUAUUCUUAAGAAAUUUACAUUUCUACGUGAUCCAUGGAAUUGGUUAGAUUUUAUUGUCAUUACUUUAGCAUAUAUUACAUUUUUUGUCAAUUUGGGAAAUGUUUCAGUACUUCGAACUUUUCGAGUAUUAAGAGCAUUGAAAACAGUUGCUGUUGUUCCAGGUCUUAAAACGAUUGUUGAUGCAUUAAUACAAUCUCUUAUUUGUCUACGAGAUGUUACUGUCUUAUCGAGUUUUAUUCUAUCUAUAUUUGCUUUGGUAGGUUUACAACUUUACAUGGGUGUUUUACGACAAAAAUGUGUACCUACUCAUGAUUCAUUUUUAAAUAAUUCGAAUUUUUCUAUGAUUGGUUUUAAUAUGUCUUAUGAUGCUUAUACAAAAGAAAUUGACAACGAAAUUUAUUGGUAUAAAGAAGAUGAUGCUUAUGUUCUUUGUGGAAAUGCCAGUGGAAGUAGAAAAUGUCCGAAAGGUUAUGUUUGUUGGAAAGAUCGAGGAGAAAAUCCUGAUUUUGGAUAUACAAGUUUUGAUAGUUAUGGUUGGGCUAUGUUAUCUUGUUUUCGAUUAAUGACACAAGAUUAUUGGGAAAAUCUUUAUCAAUUGGUGCUGACAGCUGCUGGUCGUUAUCAUUUUUUUUAUUUUGUUGCUGUCAUAUUUUUUGGUUCAUUCUAUUUGGUAAAUUUAAUCUUAGCUAUUGUUUCAAUGUCAUAUCAAGAACAACAACAAAAAGUAAAUGCUGAAAAUCAAGAACGUGAACGACGUAAAGUUGAAGAUGAACUUGAACAACAACAAAAUGAAGAAGCACGAAAAGCAUGUGAAUUUGAUAAUUUAUUUCAAUAUGAAGAUCAAAAUAUUCAAAAUGCACUUUUUUUUGAAAAUCCAAAUAGACAAUUAUCAUAUUCAAGUCUUUCAAUUGAAUAUGAUCAAAAUCGAACAAAUUAUGAUUAUGAACAAAAAGCAUCAAUGCAACCAUUACCAUUAUUAGUAUUUGAAAAUUCAAGUUAUCUUUUAUUAAAUCAAACAACAAAUACAGAUGAAGAUCAAAGUUAUGAUACAACAAUACCAUUUCUUGAUGAAAUACAACGAAAUUCAAUGAGUAGUAAAAGUCAUGAAACAUCAUCAAAACAACGACCAAGAAAUUGGUCUCAUAUUUCCGAGCGACCAAAUGCAGAUAAUCAAUCAACUGUCACCCUUUAUCAACCAAAAACUCAUAUAAAAUAUUCACAUGUUAGUGAAGUAUUACCACGUCCAAGGUCUGAAACAACAAGUAUUCGAUCAAAAAAACAGCAUACUGUACUGUACAAGGUCGAUCAUCAUAUUGACGACCGGCACAGUUCACAUGUUGAGUGUCGUCUACUUUUAAAUACGAAUGAGCAUGCACGGCAGUUACAACAUCAUCAUAAGAAACGUCUGAACAUCGUCAUUUCAGAUAUGGAUACAAAAAAUACAUGUGAUCGACCGGCUAUGAAAUUUCUAUGGAAUGCUUGUUGCGAAUGGAAUUUUCCAUCACAUUUAUUUCAAAAAUUUCAAGUAAGUUUAUUCAAUUGAUUAAUCUGUAACACUUCCGGUUGAUUGGAUUUUAUACAUAAUGUUCAAACUUCUCCUCUCAUUGAUUCGUAUAUUACAUAUAUUGUACUCACUUUUCUAUUCUUACGCUACUGUCCUUACUCUAUUAUUUUCUCAUAUCGAUUCUUUCCUUGGCCUCAUCUUGUUUGCAUUCUCUCUUCUACUUGCGUAUAUAAGUAUGUACAUUUUAUGUAAGCGAUAUGAUUAUAUGAUAUGAAGAAAUAGAAUAAAGUGUAACGCCAUCAGCACUACCCAGCCAGACAAAAAUUUUGAAAAACGCGUUUAAGCGCACAAUCGGGAACCGCGAUUGUAAGCGAUUAACGCUCAUUCCAAGAACGC